CCAUGAGUUUCUUGUCAAGAGAGGCUAGUGGGGUAUUAAGUUGGAGUAUUUUUUAAAAAUGGAUCGGACUUAAAACUCGGAACUGGACUUUUUAAGCUUUAUCUCCAAAGCAUUCUCUCAGGAGACAGAACCAUCAUCUCCUCCAAUUGGAAUCCACACUUACGACCUGCUUCUUGAUUCCCUUCCCUUCGGAGCCUACGUUCAAUUUUUCAGCAUUUCAUUCGAAGUCCCUUUAAUCAACAUGUGCACCCCACAGCCCAUCUGCCCUGUCAAUGCCACCAUCUGCUCAGGCAGGUCCUGCCUGGUGCCCCCUGGUAACUUCAAUGAGAUCCUUGGGUUGGUAAUGAGUACUGUGCUGACCGUCAUGCUGGCCAUGGUCAUGUUUGCAAUGGGCUGCACUGUCGAGGUUAAACAACUAUGGGGGCACAUCCGCAGGCCCUGGGGCAUUUUCAUCGGAUUCUUGUGCCAGUUUGGCAUAAUGCCUUUCACUGCCUUUGCACUUGCUCUGGCAUUCAAUGUGCUACCCAUCCAAGCUGUGGUGAUUAUCAUCAUGGGCUGUUGCCCUGGAGGGUCCAGCUCGAAUAUUAUCUGCUAUUGGCUCGAUGGAGACAUGGAUCUAAGUAUCAGCAUGACCGCAUGUUCUUCAAUCCUGGCGCUGGGCAUGAUGCCACUCUGUUUGCUCAUCUACACCUCAGUCUGGACAUCAGCCGAUACUCUCCAGAUCCCUUAUGACAGCAUCGGCAUCACGCUAGUGAGUUUACUUGUGCCUGUCGGUUUGGGAAUGCUUUUGAAAAGCAAGUGGCCCGAAUUAGCUAAAAAAGUCCUGAAAGUCGGAUCUGUGGUAGGACUCGUACUCAUUAUAGUGAUUGCAGUCAUAGGGGGUGUGCUGUAUCAGUCCUCAUGGGUCAUUUCACCUUCGCUUUGGAUCAUCGGCACCAUUUAUCCCUUUAUUGGCUUUGGUCUAGGCUUUCUGCUGGCUCGCUUUGUGGGACAACCUUGGUACAGGUGUCGCACCAUUGCAUUAGAAACUGGAAUGCAGAACGCCCAGCUUUGCAGUACUAUAACCCAGCUGUCCUUCAGUGCUGCUGAGCUUGAGCUCAUGUUCGCCUUCCCCUUAAUCUACAGUAUCUUUCAGCUAGUUGUUGCCGGGAUUAUGGUGGGAGUGUAUUACUUACUCAAGCGCUACAGUCCGAAGAGUUCAUUGGAAAUGGAUGGGGAAAGUGGAGAAAGCUCGAAUGAACCCGAAUCUGUGAAAGAUAAGCAAGCUUAUGCCUUGGACAAUAGUGUCUUUCAGUGUGAUGAGAAUGACAAUCUUGAGGAAAAAGGCAAAGGUACACAUCUGUAAUAUAGCCCAUUAAUCCAUCCUCACAGUAGCCCGUUUGAGCUUCCCUGACUGAAACGGCAUGGACAGCGAUUUCACACAGCAUACAAUUUAUUAUUAAGCAAUCUACUUUCAUAACAAUAAUAAUAAUAAUAAAAGUCAACCACGUAACAUAAAAGUCUAACAGAUGCAACAGGUUCGCCCAUGUUUCCACACACAAAGCUACAUUGUCGGUGUAUUGCUUGUGUUUUUUUUCCAUUGAGCCCAAAGCAAGCAGGUAAAUUCAAAUUGGAUGUUCAAGAGAAGUUGAAAUCCUUAUUUAAAGAAACAUACAGUGUGUAUAUAUAUGUAUGGUUAAAUGUCCAAGUAAUUUAUUCACAUGUUAAUGUACUAAUAUACAAAUUACAAUGGGCCUUUUGCAAAAGAUUUUUGCAUUCUAUAUUAUUUAUACAUUAGAAACCUAUGUACUAUGUUUAAGAAUACCAGCAAUGGAAGUUUUUUGGGAAGUAUUCAUUGUUUUAAAACAAGCAUUUCAAGAAAUGUAUUUUCCUUUUAUCUUGUUAAUAUGUAUAUGCACUGUAAUGUAAAUAAAUUAAUAUUUCAAGAUG